AUGUCAAGGAGCCCGGAACGACGAGCAACAAGUGGAGGAGCCUCGAAUGCCGCUGGUGGAGGAGUUAAUCUUCAACCAAGGAGAAACGUCCCCGGAGGCGGAGUGCCCGAUCUACAAGUUCAAGCAAUCGUGCGAGAAAUUUCUCGUUUGUUCCAACCUCAAUUCAAUUCCCUUCAUGAACGAAUGGAACAAAUGGAGGAACGAAGCCAACGUGCGAACACCCCUCCUAUUCCGAGAAGAGAGCGAGAACAUCCAUGGCAACAUGCAAAUGAUCUAUAUGAAGCAAGUAACGUUGAAAGUGAUCGAGCUUCGCGACAAAGUGCAAGGCGACAAGGCCAACGAGCACGGGGACCAAGAGAUCGAGAGAGGACCGAUGGUGAUUUAAAAAACAUUAAAAUGGCAAUUCCUGCUUUUCAAGGAAGGUCGGAUCCUGAGGCCUAUCUUGAAUGGGAGAAGAAGGUGGAGUUAGUUUUCGAGUGCCACAAUUACUCGGAAAGUAAGAAGGUGAAGUUAGCUGCUAUAGAAUUCUCCGACUACGCCAUAAUAUGGUGGGAUCAACUCACGAUGAGCCGAAGACGCAAUGGCGAACGUCCCGUGUCUACAUGGGCGGAAAUGAAAGCUAUAAUGAGAAAGCGAUUUAUUCCUGCCUAUUACCGCCGGGAAUUGUAUCAAAAGCUUCAAAGUUUAACUCAAGGCCAACGAAGCGUGGAGGAUUACUACAAGGAAAUGGAAGUGGCCAUGAUUCGCGCCGAUGUGGAAGAAGAUCGAGAAGCCACCAUUGCUCGAUUUCUCGCCGGCCUUAAUCGUGAAAUCGCAAAUAUUGUAGAGCUACACCACUAUGUUGAAGUCAUUGAUAUGGUCCAUAUGGCCAUAAAGGUUGAAAAACAAUUAAAAAGAAAAGGUACGUCACGUUCUUUCCCUAACACUUCUUCGAUGACUAGGUGGGGGCAAGGGACCAACAAACGAGAUAUGCCAAGUCGGAAUAAAGAAGUAAGUGGUGCCACCAAGUUCAACAAACCGAUUGCCAAAUCGAGUAAAGGAAAGAUGGAUGCUCAACCAAAUAGAUCCCGAGACAUAAAAUGCUUCAAAUGUCUUGGAAGGGGCCACAUCGCAAGCCAAUGCCCGAACCGGAAUGCGAUGUUUGUUCGAGAUGAUGGUGAAAUUGAAUCCAAAAGUGAACAAGAGAACGAGGCUGUUGAACAACUCGAAGAAGAGGAAGACAUCGAACAAGCCGAGAAUGGAGAAAUCUUGGUUGUGAAAAGAAGCCUUACUUUUUGUACAAAUGUGGCUAGUACGUUGAUGGUGGAGAAACUCAGAUUGGCCACCACCAAACAUCCCCAUCCGUAUAAACUCCAAUGGCUUAACGAUGGUGGAGAAUUGAAGGUAACAAAGCAAGUCCUUAUCUCGUUCACAAUUGGAAAAUAUCAAGAUGAAGUAUUGUGUGACGUUGUGCCGAUGCAUGCGGGGCAUCUUCUUUUGGGACGCCCGUGGCAAUUCGACAAGCGAGCAAUCCAUGAUGGAUACACCAAUCGGUUCUCUUUCAAACAUAUGGGACGAAUGGUGACUCUAGCUCCGUUAUCACCGAAACAAGUUUAUGAGGAUCAGCUCAAAAUGAGGAAUUCAAUUGAAAAAUCAAAAGAAAAUGAGAGAGAGCAAAAGAUUGAAAAGAAGAAAAACAAAAAGAUGAGCUAUGUGCGUGAAAGCCUUAGUCCAUGCGACGUGCCUGUUUUGCUCGUUCCGAAGAAGGAUGGAACGUGGAGGAUGUGUGUGGACUGCCGUGCAAUUAAUAAGAUAACCAUUAAGUAUCGCCAUCCUAUACCGCGAUUGGAUGAUAUGCUUGAUGAACUAAGUGGCGCAAGUUUGUUUUCAAAAAUCGAUCUUAAAAGUGGUUAUCACCAAAUACGGAUGCGUGAGGGAGACGAGUGGAAGACUGCUUUCAAAACAAAGCAUGGGCUUUACGAAUGGCUCGUUAUGCCAUUUGGUUUAACGAACGCCCCAAGCACAUUCAUGAGGCUUAUGAAUCAUGUUUUAAGACCUUUUAUUGGUAGAUUUUGCGUAGUAUACUUCGACGAUAUAUUGAUCUAUAGUAAAAAUUUGGAUGAACAUGUUUUACAUUUAAAAUCUGUUUUAGAAGUAUUGAGAAAAGAAACCUUGUAUGCUAAUUUGAAGAAAUGUGAUUUCUGCACUAACAAGGUUGUGUUUUUAGGUUUUGUUGUUAGCUCGGAGGGUCUUGAAGUCGAUCAAGAGAAGAUCAAGGCGAUCCAAGAAUGGCCCCGUCCGACGAAUGUCUCCCAAAAUUCCAACUUCAUUUGGGGAGAGGAACAAGAAAAAUCCUUUUUGAAAAUUAAAGAUUGUCUAACUCAUGCACCGUUAUUAGCUUUGCCUAACUUUGAUAAAACUUUCGAGUUAGAAUGUGAUGCAUCAGGUUUAGGCAUUGGAGCUGUGUUGAUGCAAGAUGGUCGUCCUAUUGCCUAUUUUAGCGAGAAACUCAAUGGUGCUGUCUUAAACUAUCCAACAUAUGACAAGGAGCUCUAUUCGUUGAUCCGAGCCUUAGAAACGUGGCAACACUAUCUUUGGCCCAAGGAAUUCGUCAUACACACCGAUCAUGAGUCCUUGAAGUAUUUAAAGGGGCAACACAAGUUGAAUAAGCGGCACGCUAAGUGGGUAGAAUUUCUCGAAUCUUUUCCCUACGUUAUUAAAUAUAAGAAAGAAGCCCAUAGCGGAGGAUUAAUGGGGCACUUUGCUACCAAAUUUUCUCCUUUUGAAAUUGUCUAUGGUUUCAAUCCAUUAACUCCACUUGAUUUAUUGCCAUUGCCUUCUAAUCAACUUGUUCAUGUAGAUGGGAAGCGCAAAGCUGAUUUCGUCAAGCAAUUGCACCAACGAGUUCGAGACAAUAUUGAGGCCAAGACCAAGAACUAUGAGCAACAUGCUAACAAAGGUCGUAAGCGAGUUGUGUUCGAACCGGGAGAUUGGGUUUGGUUGCAUAUGCGCAAGGAGAGAUUUCCUAUGCAAAGGCGAUCCAAACUUCUUCCGAGAGGGGAUGGACCGUUUCAAGUCCUUGAGCGAAUUAACGAUAACUCCUAUAAAUUGGACUUGCCUGAUUCCGAUUUGAGGGCAAAUCGUUCUGAAGAGGAGGGGAAUGAUGUGAGCUUGCCUACGAACCAAAUGGAGAACGAACAAGAAGCCAUCAAGCUGCCCAUUGGUCCAAUAACGCGAGCUAGAGCUAAACGAUUCAAAGAUGCUAUUUUAGCAAUGGUGGAAUGGGUUGAG